AUGGGCGGUAUUGCCAUUUGGUGCAUGCACUUUAUCGGCAACAUCGCACUCACUCUUGCUGAGGGCGAGGCAGAGAUGCAGAUUGUGUACUCGAGUGGCAUGACAGUGCUCUCCUUCUGCAUGCCUGUUCUUGUUCUCCUCGGCGCAUUUUACGCGAUAGGUAUCUCGAAUCGAAUCGUCUGGUGGAGAGUGAUAACAGCGGGCGUUCUUUGCGGCUGUGCCAUCUGCGGUAUGCACUACUUGGCCAACGCUUCCAUCAAGAACUAUCAGUGCAUCUAUGAACCGGCAUAUAUCGUUGGUGCUGCUAUUAUUGCCGUCGCUGCGAGUACUGUUGCGCUGGCAAUGUUCUUUAUCUUUCAGUCGCUCUCGGCGAGUAGUUGGUGGAAGCGAACUAUCUCUGCUAUCAUCCUCGCUGGAGCGGUAUCAAGUAUGCACUGGUGCGCUUCUGUUGGUACUCAGUACAGACUGCUUCAUCUGAGGAAACUGGAACGAGGGGACCGUACUGCGACCGCGGUGGCAGUUAUUUGCUUAUCUUUCAGUGCCUGCAUCAUCAUUGCUGGAUCGGCUAUCCUACGAGCCCGCACUCUAAGAGGUGCAGCCCUGCGUGCUCAGCAGAUCGAACUAGCGGCUAUUGUCUUCAACAAAGACGGAUGUCUUCUCGUCGAUAGCAACGGCGUCUUUCCAAACACUGUUGUCACCGAUUUCUUCAUUGGAGAGAACACCGACGACAAAUUCAACACUGCCCAUCCGCAAUUCCACUGGAUGUUUCAGGCUUCGCGGAAUUGGACUGGAAUAUCGGGUUUAAUAAAUGGCAUGAAGCAGCAUCUCCGACAGCUACCGCACAAAAGCCAGCAUAAAGAUCCGACGAAGGGGAUUCAGCUCAUAGACGACGACGGAGAGCUCAUUAACGGAUAUUCAGUCAUCUUCCGCGAGCUAUUCUGCGUCGCCGCCUCCAAGCUCAGCGAUCAACUUGACGAAUCCAUCACAACGAUGGGUAUUCUAUGGGACGAAAUCAUACCCAAACGAUCGGUCGCGAACCCCGCUUACCUACAAGCACUGGAGAAACAUCGCGACAAUCACAUUUCCGAUACGAGCAAGAUACUACGCAAGGGAUCGACGACGACGGGGGAGAGUCACCUUGAGAAGGGUGUUGGGAUUGAGCUUGAGAACGAAAUCGACGGUCGAGGAGCGCUCAUGUUCUUGGUCCGUCGUCUUACAUCAGAUGACGAGGUGAAACGACUUGAGACAGCUGGUUAUCGAUUCGUCGAUCCGGUUCAAGUGUGCAACGAUGCGAGAAACCAUUUGCAGAUGCAGAUCCAGUCCAGCGAGUUCGAACACAAGUUACGCGACAUGAAGGCUUUUAUAUCACAGCAAAAUCGUAUCAAGCCCGGAGUUCACCUUGGUCUUUUCGCCAUUCAGGAUCGAAGACUUAAUAAUCAUCACGUUCUGGUACAAAAGGAUGCUCGCGAUUUACUCCCCUUGGUACCUCUGCCACUAAGCACCAUCGAUGAGACACAAGUGCGAAUGGUACAAGGGCUUAGUGGGUUUCAAGUUCCUGAGGUAAUUCAAAGGCUGAGGACAUCGGGAGCGUCUUCGAGGUCUCCUGAUGAAGAACUGUUUGCCCACUAUCUUUCCAAUGCCAUUCACUCAUUACAUGAAUUGGCACAGGAACCUUUAUUCCAUAAUGCUGUGCUUAGUCCGACUAUACUACGACUUCCCUAUGGAGUCGACGGAGGUGACGCUGAAGAGACGGUCAUCAUGGCAUUGAGGCUCAAGAUAUCUCACCCCGUCUUCUCAUCUGGUCCCAACUGCCAAUGGGUCCCUCUUAACUUCUUCGGUAUGCGACAAGUCUUGGAACAAUCGCGACAGGAGUUUGUACGAGUUUUACACCAGGACUUUGAUCCAUCUACAAUGCCCGCAAGUCGGGCUAACAACGAGCUCACUUCUGGACCUUUAUCGACGCUCCGCCGGCUAAAGCGUUCCGAAGGAUCAAUCAACUCAAAAGGCAAAAAGCCUCGCGUUCCAAUAAUGAGACUAAGAGCCUCAUCAAAAGACUCUACACGCUCAUCAUCAACGAUAAACCUAUGUCCCGCUAAGAGCAGCGAAGCUCACAACGAGCGCCUUCCAUCAACAGACACAGUGGACGUCUACCCUCCCGAACGUCAUUAUACCUCACAUCAACAAUCGUUCUUAAACGGUGGUAUCGUUGUAUUCCAGGAGGUCACCGUUCAAGUUGAACAGAAGAAGUCUGAGUCGAAGGAUAACUUGGAACUAUCGUGGAGCCAUGACACAGUAACUGAGCCGCCAAAGGUACAUCAGCGACAUAACAAGAAGAAUGAAAUACCAGUAGUACAGGGCAUUGAACUACAGCCGUCAGGGAGGGGAACAACAGAGGUUUCUGUUGAGUCUCGUUUGACUAACCGUGGCGCUCAAGGUAAACCGUUUGUCGGAAACCUCUUCGAGAUCCCCCCAUACCACUCUUGGCUCAAGUUCAAAGAAUGGGCCGACACGUACGGCCCCAUCUUCCGUCUCAAUCUCAUGGGGCGACAGCAUAUCGUCUUGUCGACCGAGAAGAUUGCCAACGAUCUCCUGCGCGAGCGAGGCAGUUAUUAUUCAUCUCGCGAGUUUCUCCCCAUGGCAUCUGGAAUUGUCUCCGGCGACAUGAGGCCAUUGCUUCUUCCAUACAAUGAUCGAUGGCGUCGAGGCCGGAAGUUGAUGCAUCAGUUGACCAUGCCAGCGGCGGCAGACUCAUACCAGCCUGUCCAAGACUACGAGUCCAAGAAGCUGCUGGUGUCCUUGCUCGAGAUACCCUCGAACUAUGAAAAAUGGUUCGAGCUGUACGCUUCAGGAGUUGUUUUCCGGAUUGGGUUCGGCAAGUGGAUAGAGACGGGCGAUGAGGCUGCUGUUAAGCGAAUUAUUCAAGUUGUCCAUAAUGUGGAGCGAGUCGCAUCACCUGGAGCCUACUUGGUCGAUUCGAUGCCAUUCCUCAACAAUUUACCAGAAGCAAUGGCCCCAUUCAAGAAAGAGGGGCGGAAGCUACAUGAGGAGGAACUAAGCCUUUUUAGAGAACUUCAGUCUGAUGUGCGUCACGCAUUGGAGAAGGGCUUCGACACUCAGUCUUUCACACGCACAUUCCUUGAGAACAGGGACAGCUUCCAGCUUUCAGAUGACGAGGGGGCCUAUGUGAUUGGUACUUUGUUCGAGGCUGGAAGCGGCACUACGGCGGCGGCUAUGAUGUCGUACUGUCUCGCCAUGUGUCACUACCCAGAGUGGCAGAGGAAGAUGCAGGAUGAACUCGAUGAGCAGGUGGGCGAUCGUAUGCCCGAGUUCGAGGAUAUUCCAAAGCUCCCAACGGUGCGUGCCGUAAUUAAGGAGGUACUGCGGUGGCGCCCUGUCACUGCAGGUGGGUUUCCUCACCAGCUAACCAAGGACGACGAGUACGAGGGGUUUGCCUUCAAAAAGGGGACGAUAUUCCAUCCCAAUCAAUGGGCAAUCCACCGAGACCCAACCUUGUACCCUGACCCAGACAGCUUCAGACCGGACAGAUGGCUAGACCCAAAGUUCCCAACCUACAGAGAACCGCUGUCCAAGUUCCCCAACCUGCAGAAUUACAGCUGUUUCGGAUUCGGACGACGUAUCUGCCCAGGCCAGAACAUUGCCGAGCGGUCUCUGCACAUCUUGACGGCUCGGGUCGCCUGGGCUGGUAGCGUUGUCAAGAAGAGAGAUGCGAACGGGAUGGAGCUGCCGGUGCCGCUUUAUGACUAUGCCAAGGGGUUCAACACCCAGCCGGAACACUUUGACUUUGACAUGGUUCCGCGAUCGCAGGCGAGACUUGUGGCUAUUAGGGAAUCUCUGAGGGAAGCAAAGUCAAAGCGGCCAGCAUAG